CUCUUAUCCAAGUGGAAUGAGACCAGAAAGCUCACAACCAGAGCUUAUUCAACUUUGGCAUAAGAAUGAACAAUGCCCACAAGGAACAAUCCCCAUUAGACGAACUCCAAAACAUUAUAAUUAUCAUCCAAACAAUCCAUCACUCUUUCACAACAAGCUUGUUGGAGCAGGUAACUUCACACAUGAGUAUGCCGUUGCCGACGCAGUACUCGAUGAAAAUUGCUAUGGGGGGCAAGCUUCAGUUAGUGUGUGGAACCCUAAAACAGAGUUGACUGAAUUUAGCCUCUCUCAAAUUUGGGUUGGAUCACAAAGUCAACAAGGAUCGAACACUAUUGAAGCUGGAUGGACUGUUAAUCCUCGGAGAUAUCACGAUAAUAUGACAAGGUUCUUCAUAUAUUGGACAGGAGACAACUACAAAAGCACAGGUUGCUAUGAUCUUGAUUGCCCUGGUUUUGUGCAAACAAGUCGAAAUUUCGCCAUCGGUUCUGCCAUACCAGGUACCUCCAUAUACGGAGGAAUGCCAUUCGACAUAACCAUAACUGUGUACAAGGACAAGAAGACUGGGAAUUGGUGGCUGAUGGUGCAAAACCUAGUAGUCGGAUACUGGCCUGCCUCCCUCUUCAAAGGUUUCGCGGACGGUGCUUCGAGGCUAACUUGGGGUGGGGAGAUCAUCAAUCGAAAAUCUGCAGGGCAUCACACAACAACUGAAAUGGGAAGUGGCCGAUUUUCGUCUCAAGGUUACGAAAGAUCAAGUUAUUUUCGCAAUGUUAAAUUCAUAGACAGCUCAAACACACUCAGAGAUCCGGUAGAUUUAAUUCAGUAUGUGUCCAAUCCUCAGUGCUAUGAUUUACAGUUCAUGAACAACACUGGUUUUGGCAUCAGUUUCUUCUAUGGGGGUCCAGGGUAUUCAGCAAGAUGUCCAUGAUAAAUCAUAGAAAUAAUUAAUUUACCCAAAAUAAUUAAAUAAACCAGAGUUAGAAAUUAAUUAUUAAUUUUUAUUAUUUACUCUUUGUGAUGGAAAAUUGGAAAUUUUCAGUACAUCUGUGAUAACAACACAAUGUUAUGCUUGACAAUGA